AUGAAUGACACGAAGAUAGAGCCAGACGCUGUCAGUUACAAUUCAGGCAUGAGUGCCUGCGACAGAGCUGGGCAGUGGCAGAAGGCUCUGUGGAUGCUGUUCAGCGAGUUCAUCGAAGCGUCUCUCGAGCCAACUACCAUCAGCUACAGUGCUGGGGUAAGCGCGUGCUCGAAAGGAUGGCAAUGGCAGCACGCGUUGGCACUGCUUGGCAGCAUGGAAGGGGUGAAGCUAUCGCCCGAUGCCAUCUCUUCACCUACAAUUCUGGAAUCAGCGCGUGCGAAAGAGGUGGUCAGUGGCAGCGGGCGUUGUCUUUGCUAG